AUGGAGACGCGGCGGCGCCGGCUGGCCAUGGCGGCGGCCAUCCUUCUCGUGGUUUGGAGUUCGGCCGUCACGGCGGCGGCGGCGGCGGCGAGAGGAGACGUUUCCAUGGCGGCGGAGGCCUACAGCUUGGACGCCAAUGGCAGUGGCUGGCUCACGGAUGCUAUCACGGCCGCUGGUGAUAAUGAAACCAAGGGCAUCAAUGCUGGCGUGAGAAGAAAUCUAGGAGCUCUGCCUAGAGGCUAUGAGAAGACGCUCAAGAUUGCUGUGCCAUGGAAACCUGGUUUCAAAGCUUUUCUGAAUGUAACUGACAAAACUUUCACUGGGUACUGCGUUGAUGUCUUUGAGGCUGCCGUGCACAAGCUACCACAUAACCUGAGCUAUGAGUAUGUCGUCUUCAAUGGCUCUUAUGACCAGCUAGUACAGCGUGUGUCUUCAGGGAGCUACGAUGCAGCGGUUGGGGACGUAACGAUUACUGCUGAGCGAACCAGCUAUGCAGACUUCACCAUGCCGUACACAGAAUCCGGUGUGUCGAUGCUGGUGCCCAUGGAGAACGGAUCUAAGUCAGCAAUCCAGUGGGUGUUCCUGAAGCCACUGACAAAACAACUCUGGCUUGCCACUGUGAUCUUCUUCUUGUUCACCGGCAUAGUGAUUUGGAUGAUUGAACAUCCCAGAAACCUGGAGUACCAAGGAUCAAGCUCGAGACAGUUCAGCACUGCCCUCUAUUUCUCUUUCUCCACUCUGACAUUUUCUCACGGUCAAAUUAUCGAGAGUCCCUUGUCGAAAAUUGUUGUGGUGAUCUGGUGCUUCGUGGUGCUGGUUCUUGUGCAGAGCUACACGGCUAGCCUGUCGUCCAUACUGACUGCAAAGAGGCUCCGGCCAUCAGAGACGGAUCUUUUCCAGAUCCUGUAUGAUGGUGACUACGUCGGAUACCAGCAGGGAUCCUUCGUGGAAUCAUUUCUGAUGAAGCAAGGUUUCAGCAAGAGAAUGCUAAGGCCAUACAGGAACAAGCAGGAGUAUGCUGAAGCUUUGAGGAAGGGGUCCAAGAACGGAGGGGUGUCGGCCAUUGUCGAUGAGAUCCCAUACUUAACCUCUUUCCUCUCGGACCCUCGUUACGAGAAGGAAUUCCAGAUGCUUAGCCGCAUCUACAAGACGCCUGGAUUUGGUUUUGUGUUCCCUCCUGGUUUUCCAGUGGUGCAUAAUCUUUCAACUGCCAUAUUGGAGGUAACGGGUGGGGACGAGGGCUCACGUAUUGAAGCAAAAUGGUUCGGCACAGAGGCUGUCUCUCCAAGCUACGCAGUUCCCAGCACAGACUCCACACCUCUUACCCUGCAGAGUUUCUCUGGCCUCUUCAUCAUCACCGGAUGCAUCUCAGCUCUCAUGCUGAUGAUAAGCAUCUCCAAGUCAGUUCUUGCCAAGUACACCAAGAUUAGAGACUCUGACAUGCAGAAUCCUGAUGAGGAUGGUGGAAACGGUGCUCAUGAAGAAUGUAACCCGGAACAGAAUGUCAUGGCCAAUGUACCCCUCCAUGAAAUCAGAACUGACAGUUCCCAGGAUGUCCAUGGGAGCUUUGAGCGUGCUGAUGGUGAAGAACCUGGACAGAUUCAGAGUGGCUCUGUGCCGGCAAAUUCUGCCCAGACCAGAUGAAUACUGGGCGAGAUGUUGAGAGGAACUUUCAGAAACAAGAAUGAUCCAUUUCUGCAUCUUUUGUAGAGAUAUUAACCAAUCUGCUGUAGAAAUUACUGCAGGAAGGCCGGCCAUGAAGCCUUGUCUCAGCGGUUGCCAUUCAACUAGACAUGCUUCAUUCACCCCAGGCCGUGAAUUAGAUCGUUCUGUACAUAUUUUAGUAA